GUGGGUCGUCGCGAGCUAACUGCGCAAAGGCCGCCAUCUUUCCGGCCGGCAUCCAGGAACCGAACACGUUGCUCGGGAGAAGUUUCUACCGAAAUUACACUUUCUAUCUGCUCGGCCUUCUUUCCCUCGUCCUAAUUCGGACACGUUAGACCCAAGUGGGCUCGGCGUGUCCCGGCCUCCAUUGUAGCAGCGGCCCGUCAUGGCGGAUAAAAACACCAGGAUCGCCAUCGUCAAUCACGACAAGUGUAAACCCAAGAAAUGUCGGCAAGAGUGCAAGAAGAGCUGCCCGGUGGUCCGCAUGGGGAAGCUGUGCAUCGAGGUGACCCCGCAGAGUAAGAUCGCGUGGAUCUCUGAGUCGCUUUGCAUCGGCUGCGGUAUCUGCAUCAAGAAAUGUCCGUUCGGAGCGCUGUCCAUCGUCAACCUGCCCAGCAACCUGGAGAAGGAGACCACGCACAGAUACUGCGCCAAUUCCUUCAAGCUGCAUCGGCUACCCAUUCCCAGACCGGGAGAGGUUCUGGGGCUGGUGGGGACCAAUGGGAUCGGCAAGUCCACGGCGCUCAAGAUCCUGGCGGGGAAGCAGAAACCCAACCUGGGAAAGUUUGAUAAUCCUCCAGACUGGCAGGAGAUCCUGACCUACUUUCGUGGCUCGGAGCUCCAGAACUACUUCACCAAAAUCCUGGAGGAUGACCUGCGAGCCAUCGUCAAGCCGCAGUACGUGGACCAGAUCCCCAAGACCGUCAAGGGAUCGGUCGGCGCCAUCCUGAGCAGAAAAGACGACAUGGAUACGCAGGACCUGGUUUGCCAACAGCUCGAUCUGAGUCACCUACGCGAGAGGAAUGUGGAGGACCUGUCAGGAGGAGAGCUGCAGAGGUUCGCCUGUGCCGUCGUCUGCAUCCAGAGAGCCGACAUUUUCAUGUUUGAUGAGCCGUCCAGCUACCUGGAUGUCAAACAGCGACUGAAGGCCGCCAUCACCAUCCGCUCGCUCAUCACACCGGACAGGUACAUCAUCGUGGUGGAACACGACUUGAGCGUGUUGGAUUACUUGUCCGAUUUCAUCUGCUGCCUGUACGGCGUCCCGAGCGCCUACGGCGUGGUCACCAUGCCCUUCAGCGUGCGAGAGGGCAUCAACAUCUUCCUGGACGGUUACGUUCCCACGGAGAACCUGCGCUUCCGUGAGACCUCGCUGGUGUUCAAGGUGGCCGAGACGGCCAACGAGGAGGAGGUCAAGCGGCUUCGCCACUACCAGUACCCCAACAUGGCCAAGACCAUGGGCGAGUUCACCCUGGAGAUCAAGGGAGGAGAGUUCACCGACUCGGAGAUCAUGGUCAUGCUGGGGGAGAACGGCACGGGAAAGACCACCUUCAUCAGGAUGUUGGCAGGAGGACUCAAACCAGACGGCGGAGGUGACGUGCCCAUCCUCAACGUGAGCUACAAGCCUCAGACCAUCAGUCCCAAGUUCAAGGGCAGCGUCCGCGCCCUUCUGCACGAUAAGAUCCGAGACGCCUACACGCACCCUCAGUUCAUCACGGACGUCAUGAAGCCCAUGCAGAUCGAGAGCAUCAUCGACCAGGAUGUCCAGAACCUUUCGGGCGGCGAGUUGCAGAGAGUCGCGCUCACUUUGUGUUUGGGCAAACCGGCUGACGUCUACCUCAUUGACGAACCCUCUGCGUACCUCGACUCCGAGCAGAGGUUGAUGGCGGCCAGGGUCAUCAAGAGGUACAUCCUGCACGCCAAGAAGACGGCCUUUGUGGUGGAGCACGACUUCAUCAUGGCCACGUACUUGGCGGACCGCGUGAUCGUCUUCGACGGGAUUCCGUCCAAACACACGGCCGCCAACACUCCGCAGGGUCUUCUGGCCGGCAUGAACCGCUUCCUGUCUCUGCUGGAGAUCACGUUCCGCAGAGAUCCCAACAACUUCCGGCCGCGCAUCAACAAGCUCAACUCCAUCAAGGACACGGAACAGAAGAAGAGCGGGAACUACUUCUUUCUGGACGACUAGGACAACUGGAGUGUGACUUCCCGUAAACACGACGACGACGACAACAGCGGCAGCAAGUGAGCUGGAAAAAAAUGCAAAUAAAAAGCAUAAGCAUC